AUGGCGGCAGUAAGCGGCCCAGCGCGGCACUCUCGCGUCUCCAUGAGUGUGUCCAUGUCGCUGAUGCAGGGCGGUACGCAGAGUGCGCCCCAGGGCGCCAUCCUGGCGGCGGCGGCGCCCUACUACCAAACGCCGGCCAUUCCGACCGACGUGCAACCAGACAGGCCCAUAGGCUACGGCGCUUUCGGAGUAGUAUGGGCAGUAACGGACCCUCGUGAUGGGCGGCGCGUGGCCCUCAAGAAGCUGCCCAACGUGUUCCAGUCGCUCGUCUCAUCAAAGCGCGUCUUUCGCGAGCUCAAAAUGCUGUGCUUCUUCAAACAUGAAAACGUACUGUCGGCGCUAGACAUCCUUCAGCCGCCAAGCCUCGACUUCUUCCAAGAAAUUUAUGUGAUCACGGAACUCCUGCAAAGCGACCUGCACAAGAUCAUCGUCUCGCCACAACAUCUCUCCACCGACCACAUCAAAGUCUUCCUCUACCAAAUACUGAGAGGCUUAAAGUACCUGCACUCGGCUCGCAUCCUGCACAGAGACAUAAAACCGGGCAAUUUGCUCGUGAACAGCAACUGCGUUCUGAAGAUCUGCGACUUCGGACUGGCGAGAGUCGAGGAGCCUGACUCCACUAAGAAUAUGACGCAGGAGGUCGUUACGCAAUAUUAUAGGGCUCCCGAGAUUUUGAUGGGUGCGAAUCACUACACGGCCGCUGUUGAUGUCUGGUCUGUGGGCUGCAUAUUCGGCGAACUCCUCGGCCGUCGGAUCCUCUUCCAGGCCCAGAGUCCCGUACAGCAGCUGGAGUUAAUAACGGAGCUGCUCGGAACACCGUCGCUGGAGGACAUGCGGUAUGCAUGCGCGGGCGCAAGAGCACAUAUGCUGCGUCGCGCACCGAGGCCACCGGCGCUAGCCGCACUCUAUACUCUAUCUGUGCAGGCUACUCACGAGGCUGUGCAUCUCUUGGCUCAGAUGUUGGUGUUCGACCCGGCGAAACGGAUCUCCGUUGUAGAUGCGCUUGCGCACCCGUACCUAGAGGAAGGCCGCCUCCGCUACCACUCGUGCAUGUGCAAAUGCUGCUAUAGCGCCCCCCCGGCCGCAAGACAUUAUUCCCCAGAUUUGGAGCCGGUGGCGCCCCACGCUUUCCACGACGGAUGGGAGAGGAAGUUGACGUCCGUUCAUCAAGUCAAGGAGGAGAUCCACAAAUUCAUAGCGGAGCAGCUGCAAACGUCACGCGUGCCGCUGUGCAUCAACCCGCAGUCGGCCGCGUUCAAGAGCUUCGCAAGCUCGACAGUCGCACACCCGUCCGAAUUGCCACCGUCUCCGCAUCAGUGGGAAUGA